AUGAAAGGGGGAGAAGAACAGCAUUUCUUCUCUCCGAAGAAGGAUGAUGAUGACAGGAAUAAAUUUCUGAAGGAUGCGGCCAAGCAAGAACUAUUUGAUGAUAAUGGCAAUGCAUGCAAUAAAUUUCAAAAUCCUCCACAAUUAGCAUCAAAGAUUCCUAUUCCUCCUCCAAAAUCUCCUAAAUCUCCACCUAAGGUUCUGACGCCUGGAGAGUCCCCUCUGGAAGAAAGUAUUAUUGUCCGAGAUGUUGGAAAGGAAAAGGUUACUAAAGAAGAAGAAGUUCCUCCUACUAAGAAAUUCUCCUUAUUUGAUGAUGAAGAUUAA